GUGCACGUAUUUCCGUUUCCAUUGAAUGAAAACUAUCGUAAAAGAUGGCUUAAUGCAAUCCCUCGUAGUGAUUUGGUGGUUACAAAAAACACCCGAGUAUGCAAUUUGCACUUUGCUGAGGACAGCAUCAUUUGGGAAUCCACCUUCCAUGACUAAAAGUCAGGACAUAUCAAGCGGAAGAAGCCGAGAUGAGAAAUUGAGGGACAAGGAACAACUACUUAAAGCACUGCAAACCAGCAUUAAUGAUUAUUCCUCCUAUCAAAAAUCAACUUGUUUUCAAAAUUAUUCAGACUUUUAUAUAUAUAUAUAUAUAUAUAUAUAUAUAUGUAUAUACAGGGUGACUUCGAAGUUGAGUCAUUUAUUUUAACAGUGAGUAGAUCUGAUCAAAAGAAAUGUUUUUUUCCUUUACCAUUUUUCUGGUGAA